GCGACGCUCUAUAAUUAUUGUUAAUAGUAAUAUGUUGUAAAAACAUAAAUAAUAACACGAGGAAUAAAAUAAUCAACGUUAAUUUCUUUUUUUCAAAAUGGCGCAAUUGAUGUGCAUUGUAAUUUAUAAUUUCAUCUAACGUUCCAAAUUCAAAAAUAAAUUUAAAAUAAUUUUAACGUGGUUCAAAAAUUUAAAGUUACUAAAGUCGUCAAGCCCAGAGGUUGAGUAAAAUUCGCACCCUAUAAACGACGAAACGAAACACAAACGGGGCAUGCCGCCUAACAACAGUUUUCAUUAAAAAAAUCAGUUUUCAGCAUCGGGCGGCCUUCCCGCCCUCAGUCGCCUUCCAAGCGCGCUACCGGAAGGACGUCAUCGUAAUUUGCCGCGCGAUUAAACGUAGCAACGAUCAAAAAUUGCGUUUACAAAUUUCGACUAUAAUAUUAUUGCGUUUUAUAAAUUAUUAUUAUUUGUGUUUGGUUAAUUUUGUGUGUGAUUUUUUAUAUUAGUGGAUGCGAGUGCAAUAAAAAUCGGGGAAAGCUGCUGGCUGUCAGCUGUCAAAACGUUGAGAUGGAGGCGAAGGUGAAAGAGGAAAUUCCUGAUAAAGAUUACAAUCAACCAACGACAACCGAGAGACGGAAAUCUACCACUUCAGGCAAGGACAGGAGGUCACCAGAACAGGACGACGCCAGAUCCUCCCCAACCCCUGGACCGCCAAGCCCUCAAAACAAUGGAACUGCAGCGACGCUAUCUUCAACGGAAUCUCUUUCGCCACCUCUUCCUGAAGGCUCUCGGUCAGCUCCAGCGUUGCAGCGCUUACGCCGCUUCCUUUCAGCGCUGCAACAAUUCGCGUCUGACGUCAGCGCUGAUACGGGGGAGCGAGUGCGUCAAUUGAUUUUCAACCUUGUGGCUGGAGUAGUGAACAUUGAAGAUUUUCAAGUAGGUGUACAGGAGUGCACGAACUACCCUCUCCGCGCGUCUGUGCCCGGCUUCUUAAGGGCUUUGCUGCCCUUGGCCCAGAGGGACUUGCACGCGAAGGCGAGGAGAACUAAACAGACGCCUCUGCAAUAUAUAAGAUCACACGAACAUCUGAUAUUGGAGUCUGGUGGCGACAGCAGCGACAUAUUUGCGCCGCAGCAAGGAACCGGUAACGAAGCGGCAACUAAACGUCGAGCGAGUGAUCCCUUCUAUGAUCCUCAAACCAACGGCUCUCAUGACGAGUACCCGCCGCACGCGAAACGCCCAAGCCUCUUCAACCCCUCCCCCUUCUACCCGCUGCCCAGCAAUGCGAGCUUGUUCGACUAUCAUUCCUACCACAGCUACCACACCGCACAAGAAACGGGCUUCGAAAGAAGAGAUGGUGGCAUCACAGUCCGUGAUGUGUCAUCCAUGAAUGCCCCGUUCACGGAACCGAGGCCAGCAGGGUUGCUGAAAAGCGAUGACGAAUGGAAGAACAUCAACACGAUGCUAAACUGCAUCCUCAGCAUGGUUGAGAAAACAAAGAGAGCGCUGGCUAUAUUACAACAGAGAGGAAUAGAACCAACUGAGAGCAAUGACAUCAAAAGAGCAGCGAGCGAAAUUAUGGCGUCAGCAGUGCGACAGACGGAGGAGAGAGUCGCUGAAGUCAGGAGACGAGCUGAAGAUGCUGUGAAUCAGGUAAAACGUCAAGCUCUACUGGAGCUGCAACGAGCGGUGGGCGCGGCCGAGUCCAAGGCGCUGGAACUUGUGUCGGCAGAGCGUGGCAAGGUGGAACGCCGACACUCGCCACCACCCGGGCGAGACCUCAGCCCCAGCGCCUCGGGCCAACAGAACUGUUGCUGGAACUGCGGCCGCAAGGCACAGGAGACCUGUUCGGGCUGCAACGCGGCGCGCUACUGCGGGGCGUUCUGUCAACACAAGGACUGGGAGAACCAUCACCAGGUGUGCAGCGGUCGUGACCAAAAACCAACCACGCUCCAGCGCACAUCUCCCCCAACAACUACGACCCUCACGAAAACCCUACCACGCUCCACAACCCCCAUCACCACCCCGACCAUACCGACCACGGCCACUGACAACCGACUCUCACUCACCACGCUCAACUCCGCCGAGCGAUUGCUGACGAGCAGUCAGGAGAGGAACCUGGCAUCUAACUCGGAACGUAUUGCACUGGCAACGCUGUCCUCCGCCCAGGGACUGAUUGGGGCGAUUGGGGGGAAGAAAUGACGCCUCAAUAGGGACUUUUUGGGGAACACGAUAAAGUUCCCCAGAAAGAUAAGACGG